GUGCAUUAUGUUCUGAGUCACCCGACAGGCGCCUUGCCCCGAUCAGGAGGAUCAGGACAGACUUUAAGUAUCCACAAAGCAAGAAUAGCAGCAGGAUCAGCCACAGCAGCAGGUAUCUUCAAGGUGAAGCUGUGGGAGAGGCUCUCAAACCUCUCAGACCCCGGGGGCCUAGGAUAGAUACUGGCACUGAAGAACCUGGACAGAAGCCAAGAAGGAGAAAGGCCAGGAUCUCACCAAAGUUAAAGAGCCCAGGAGUUAGCAGAGGACUCCAGUGACAGAGAGUCUAGACCCUCUCAAAUGGAUGACCUCAGUGAAGCCAAUGGGUCUUUUGCCAUCAGUCUAUUAAAAAUACUGAGUGAAAAAGACAAGUCACGAAACCUGUUCUUCUGCCCCAUGAGUGUCUCCUCAGCCCUGGCCAUGGUCUACCUUGGAGCCAAAGGAAACACUGCUACCCAGAUGUCUGAGGUACUUGGUUUGAGUGGAAAUGGAGAUGUUCAUCAAAGUUUCCAGACACUUCUCGCUGAAAUUAACAAAACUGACACUCAGUACUUGUUAAAAAGUGCCUGCCGACUCUUUGGAGAAGAAUCGUGUGAUUUCCUUUCGACCUUCAAGGAAUCCUGCCACAAAUUCUAUCAGGCUGGACUAGAAGAGCUGUCCUUUGCUAAAGACACAGAAGGGUGCAGGAAACACAUCAAUGACUGGGUGUCGGAAAAAACUGAAGGUAAAAUUUCUGAAGUUCUGAGUCCUGGAACAGUCUGCCCACUGACUAAGCUGGUUCUUGUGAAUGCCAUGUAUUUCAAAGGGAAGUGGAAGGCUCAGUUUGACCGAAAGUACACGAGAGGCAUGCCCUUUAAAACUAAUCAGGAGAAAAAAACAGUGCAGAUGAUGUUCAAGCAUGCUAAAUUUAAGAUGGGGCAUGUGGACGAGGUGAACAUGCAGGUUCUGGCUCUGCCCUAUGCCGAGGAAGAGCUGAGCAUGGUCAUUCUCCUUCCUGAUGAAAGCACUGAUCUCGCCGUGGUGGAAAAAGCACUUACAUAUGAGAAGCUUAGAGCCUGGACAAACCCAGAAACCCUGACAGAAAGUCAAGUGCAAGUCUUUUUACCCAGAUUAAAGCUGGAGGAGAGUUACGACCUGGAAACUGUACUUCAGAAUUUGGGAAUGACAGAUGCCUUUGAGGAAACAAGGGCUGACUUCUCUGGCAUGACAACUAAGAAGAAUGUGCCCGUGUCCAAGGUUGCCCACAAGUGCUUUGUGGAGGUCAAUGAGGAAGGCACCGAAGCAGCUGCGGCCACUGCAGUGAUUAGGAACGCCCGGUGCUGUAGAACAGAACCAAGGUUCUGUGCUGACCACCCAUUCCUUUUCUUUAUCUGGCACCACAAAACCAGUAGCAUCUUGUUCUGUGGCAGGUUCUCUUCUCCAUAAGGGUCUUCUGGGGCUUAGAAUUGGUGAAGUGUUUGCAUUUGCAUAACAAGCACAAGACCGUGGGCACAGCCCUAAGAACCCUAUAAAAAUAGACAUGAUGGUGCCAACCUGCCGAUCCAAGCAUUUGGGAGGUGCAGGCUAGGUAGGUCACACAUUCAAGAUCAUCCAAAAUGAUACAGGGGACUCUGCCUCAAACAACAGCAACAACCAAAGUCAAGAAAGGUGAAUGUGAUUGAUUUAUAUACCAUUCUUUGCUGAAUGACAUAAUUAAAAUUCCAUGCUACCAAAUUUGCCAAGGUGAUUUCAAUGUAAAAGUAAAGAGAGUAUGCUUAGUAGUUGGUGACUAUUGUUGCUGACUGUCCCAAUGCGGUGUAUGGCUGUAUGGCAGUUUUGAGCUGACAAGAAGGCCAUACUUGAUUUGGGAUGUCUGAGGUGAAUCUCUUCACCAGCGAUACUAACAACCCAGACCCUAAAGUGCUGCUACGCCCUGUUAACAUCUCUAAGCUGUGCACCCCCACCACUGACAGACUUACCAGGGAAUGCCAGUGGAGGUCCCCCAUUCACAAAGCUAAGGGUAAGAGUUACAGAAUAACUGCCGUGUGAUUCCCGAGGAGCUGAGAGAGUAUCUCCUUCCAUCAGUGCUACCCAGUACUCCUGUAGGAGUCAGGGUUCAGGCAACUCUUUCCAUAAAGUUCAAGUGCAAGUUCAAGGACUCAGUGAGAACCUUCAGGAUGGAGCUGAGAGAUAAGGCUCUGAAGUGUUUCCUCAUCCCCCCCCCCCAACUUCUUUCUAAAGCUCCAAGUGUUUUUCUUAUCUCCUCCUACUCUUUCUAAUGGAAACAUCACAUGGAAUGAUUCUUACAAACCAUAAUUAACCACAUGCUCAGACAUGAUUCAAAUGUACUCCCAAUGCCCUAAAUGCAUAUGCAUGCCAGCAUUGUACAUAGACUCAGUGGGUUGUAUUUAUACGUCUCUCUGUGUGUGUUUGUGUGUAUGUGUGUGUGUGUGCCUCUGUGUGUGUGUGUGCCUGUGUGUGUGUGCCUCUGUGUGUGUGUGUGUGCGCCGUGUGUGUGUGUGUGUGUGUGUGUGUGUGUGUGUGUGUGUGUGUGUAAAACAAAGAAGUCAUGAAUAUGAGAGGGAGUUACAGGGCCACAGGAGGGGACAGGUGAGGAGUGAGGGAUGGGAAUAUAAAUAGACUACUUAUAUAUGAAGUUCUAAAAUAAAUUAAAAAUUAAAUAAAAAAGACUGAAUUAUAUUUUCUGACUGCAUAUCAUUUGUAUUAUGGUAGAAAGUGGAAAAUUAUAGGAAAACAUUCAAAGAAAAUUUAAGCUUUUUGAAAGUCCCCUUCUCAGAAAUCACCACUAAUGUGAACAUGUAUUAUCUCUGUUAUAGGUAUACAAAUAUACAUUCAUACUAUUUUGCCACAGGAUAAUGAUCAUUUUUGUAGCUUAUUUUUACUGUAAGUCUUGCUCACAACAAUUAUCAUUCAGUGGCAACAUCUUGCUGUGCAUUGAAUUUCAGGAUGGGGCAAAGUUUUCUGUAAUUGAACCUACUUUGACAAUUUGGAAAAUUAAAAAUGUAUUGCAGACUACUGUGCUGAAUAUCUUCAAUAGUUUAUUACACUCUUAAUUUCUCAAUAAAUAUUACUGAAAUG